AUGGUAGGACCCUUCAAACUCUCAGUGGAGAUAAGAUAUUACGACGGAAACCGGCGGACAAAAACUGUCUCAUCCUCUGACUUGACGGACGGUCUCACCACAGACAACCAUCUAUGUCACCUGAGCUUCACUGUGAAGAUAGCGACAGAUUCCACCACCCUGCCAGGACUGGGGAAGAUAGUGGAGAAAGCGUACACGUGCAUCACCAAGUUUCCCGGGGUACCGGAGGACCAGUAUGCACCUAAUAACUUCUUUAGCUUCGAAAAUGUGGGCGGAAGCGAUGACUUUCUUCUGGGAUUCACUGGAAACUACGAGACGACAAAAGAAGACAGGGGUCCGUACGCACGGAAUACGUGGGAGUGUCAAGUCUCCGCGGACGGGGACGUUAAUGACUACAGGCCGUCAACCGUGGUCUUGGCAGUCGAUUACGAAGGUUGCCCUGUUGGCUCUUACGGCGCAGACUGCACUGGGAGGUGUGCGUGUCAGAACGGCGGCGACUGUCACCCCUUCAACGGGGCCUGCAAGUGUCCUAUCGGCUGGACCGGGUCUACCUGUGACAUAGUUGACAGACGAGUGACAGUCAGGAAAGAGCCUGAGUACACGCCCUACAUCACGGAGAGCGCCACGCUGAUCUGUGAGGUGGUGAACUUGGGAAACAGGACGGUGACGUGGCGAUUUCGAAAUGAAGAGCUGAAUCGCAACUACUCAGUAGUUCAGCAAACUACACACAUCGAAAGUCGGGUCUUAAUCGGUAACAUAGUUGAUGCGGACAAUGGUGAGUACACGUGUGAGGCACGGGGUCCAGACGGGAGUGUUGUCUCUGACGCGGUGAGGCUGGAUGUUACAGAAUGCACCCCUGGCUGGCGGGGAAGGAACUGCAAGCUGCUCUGUGACUGCUCCAGUAACUCUGUGAGGUGCGACCGUUUCAGCGGAUGUGUCUGUAGAGCGGGGUGGACCGGGGACACUUGUGAGACAACAUUACCACCACCAACGGGGACCACCUUACCAGCAUCAACGCCUAAUAUCCAGGACAUACCGACCACAGAUGAACCAAACGACACCUGGACAACACCUGUGAUAGUGGUGGUCGCGCUACUCGUCCUGGGUGUGGCUGCUGGUAUAUCAGUGUACUGGCUAAGAAGGCGUGCCCCACAGAAACACUCCUUUGGUCUGUCCGAGGAUCUUCUGCGCAGAAUCCGUCAGACCCAAUGGGAGAAGGAUCCUGGUGACGUCACGUUUCUGGACCAGAUCGGACAGGGUGAGUUUGGUCACGUGGUCCGGGCCCAACUGAGGGAAGGAGGAAGCAGUAGUGUCCUAGCGGCGAAGGGUUUACGUGCAGAUAACGUCCGAAGCACAGGGAAGUACAGUUUUGAGCGGGAAUUAAAGGUUCUGCUGGACCUUACUGAAGAUGGCGGCCAUCCUAACAUCAUACAGCUGUGCGGGGUCAUACUCUCGAAAGGUCUGAUCUACAUUCUGUUGGAGUACGUCGGUAAGAGGGAUCUACAGGGACUGUUAAAGGCCGCCAACAUGAAGGCAAGCAUCCCGUCAUCCUUCGGGCGGGAGUGUCUGUCCUACGCCAGGGACAUCGUGUCAGGACUCGCCUACUUGGACAGAAGCAAGGUUGUCCACAGGGACCUGGCUGCCAGAAACGUUCUCAUCUCUAACGACAACGUGGCAAAAUUGUCCGACUUCGGUCUGUCCUGUGGUAUCUAUCGGGAGCUGUCGGAAACAAAGAAUGAAGACCCCCUGCCAUGGAGAUGGAUGGCCCCAGAGUGCCUGCGUUAUGAUGACGAGUUUUCCAGCAAGAGUGACGUUUGGUCGUUUGGUAUCGUGCUGUGGGAGAUGGCUACCCUGGGUGCCACCCCCUACCCUUACAUCACCUCCCAACACAAGCUGCUGCGGUACUUGAUCAGGAACAAGGAGCGCAUGGCUCAGCCAUCCAGAUGCAGUGAUGCAGUGUAUCAGGUGAUGCUGUCAUGUUGGCAGGAAAGCCCAAACCACCGACCGGCCGCCGUCUCUCUGGAAGGCAUCUUCAGUGGCAUGUUGGCACUGAACAAGGAAAUCUUCAAACCAAGUAUCCUUGCAGAGGACAUACUGUAGACGGGAGACCAUUGCUAUUAUGUUGCUAUCUAACUUGUGUUAAAUGGACAUUAAAAUAGAUAAGCAAGAAAAAGAUAGUUGUCCUGUUGUGUAUUGAUGUUGACAUGACCAAAUAAGACAGAAUCUGUAGUAAAAUUGGGUAUAGACUCAGAUGAGUGAGUAAAGCAAGAAAAUAUAUCUGAUUCAAUUAACCUAAUAUCAGAAGCUUUUUGGUUAGUACCUUUCACUGGUAUUCAUGUUGGAAGUAAAAAUGUAGAGUAGAGUUGUAUAAUAGUCAGAUUAAUCUGGUGCCCUCACAUAAAGUGGUGGUACUGGACGUUUGUCUAAUUACAGAACAUGUAUGUCUAUGUCAGUUUUUGUUUAUAUGUCUAAGAUAUGUAAAAGACUUGAAUAUAUUCAUCCUAAUAUAAUAUGUUCUGUGUGUGUCCAGAAUGCAAUCAUGCCACAGAAACAAAAAAAUUGUUUGCAGAGCAGCAUUUAUUUACUAUUUUCAUGGUCUGGUUAGUCACCUGACCAUGCUUAGUUUGUUGCAUUUUUCUUUGAACAAUGUCUUCAGUUUUACAACUGGUUACUUGGUAACAGCAAUAUGUAUUAUUAUAGCAGAGCUACAAUAAAAGGACACUGGGAAAAGCAUAUUUCCUCUUCCA